CAAUGGGCUACUUUUGCCAGAGCCUGGUAUCUCCUCGAUGCGAAGUUGCAGCCACCGGGGAAAAUAGCAGCUGCGACUGUGAUCAGACUUGAAGGCAGACACAAACCUAUUUAUCAUGCACUAAGUGAUUGUGGAGACCAUGUUGUCAUAAUAAAUACAAGACACAUUGCCUUCUCUGGUAACAAAUGGGAACAGAAGGUAUAUUCUUCACAUACUGGCUAUCCUGGUGGUUUCAAACAAGUGACAGCAACUCAGCUCCAUUUGAAGGAUCCAACUGCUAUUGUUAAAUUGACUGUUUAUAGAAUGCUUCCAAAAAACCUUCAGAGAAGAACUAUGAUGCAGAGGCUGCACCUGUUCCCGGAAGAUGUUAUUCCAGAAGAUAUACAGAAGAAUCUUCUACAAGAGAUUCCUCAGCCACGUGCAGUCCCCAAGAGAUUAGAUGAAUACACACCGGAAGAAAUUGCUGCCUUUCCGAAGGUUUGGACUCCGUAA